AUGGUGCCAUUUACAGGAGUAGAGGAGUUCGGCCUCAGCGCUGAAGAAUUGGCGAUUGCAACAGCCAAGAUCAUGGAGCUGCGGCAGGUGCACAUCUCCUUCAACAUCGAUACUUCAAACAGUCAUCAACCCGAAUGUCCCGCAAGAAUCCGGAGAGCCUAUGAAUUGCUGGAAGAAUACGGCCUUGCCAGGCGAUGUAAACGAACAGAAGCACGCGUGGCUACUCGUGACGAACUGCUUCGCGUUCAUGAUGCUGAUUACGUGGACCUCAUUGAACAGACGAGUCGGUUAUCCCAGGCUGACUUAAAUGAGGCUGGCUCCCAUUCCUACGACUCGGCUGUCCUUGCUGUCGGUUCCCUUCUCUCCGUAGUCGACGACAUUUGCAACUAUGAGGCCCUCUAUGGUGUUGCCGUUAUUCGACCUCCGGGCCACCACGCUGAGAAGGACAGUUGCGCCGGGUUCUGCUUCUUCAAUAAUGUUGCCCUGGCCGUUCGGCAUACACAGGAGAUCCACGGCAGAAAGAGGAUUGCAAUCGUGGAUUGGGAUGUGCACCAUGGAAACGGAAUCCAACAUGAAUUUGAGGAAGACCCAAGCGUCCUUUACAUUUCUUUGCAUCGAUUUGAUGACGGCAAGUUCUUCCCGGGUUCACAGGACGCAGCGGCCGCUGCGGCCGGGACUGGUGCCGGCAAAGGAAAGACUGCAAAUCUUCCUUGGAAUUCGCGGCCAGUCCGCGACGGCGACUACAUAGCAGCAGUUAUGCACUUCGUGCUGCCACUUUUGUAUGAGUUCCGUCCUGAGCUGACUUUUAUCGCCGCAGGAUUUGACGCUGCUCGAGGUGAUCACUUGCUCCUUUCGCCGGAUUAUUGCCUCUAA